UAGCUUACCGGGUUGUCAUGGAGACAAAGCAGGUAGUUGGGACGACGUACUUCUUUGAAGGGCAGAAAACAAAAACAUUGACGAAGCCCUGUAUUUGGGACAACUGCUUUAGGUGCUUGGUCAGCAAAACGUUGAUGAGACACUCGUAGUCAGGUGUCCCCUUAAAUUCAGAAUACCAUACUAUUCGUCGAGUCUGUGUCUUGGGUAGAAAUGAGGAAAACUGCAUCUGUGGUGCUACUUCGAAAAUAAUCCAAAACACCAUCGGUCCAGAGUGAUCGUCACAGAGGGGAAGGACAUGAUACAAAAACUAGCCAAUUUCCACUUGAGCACUUCUUUCUGUCAUGAAGGAGUUGGCAGUGGCGCACAAGGACCACCCACUCACGGUGGCCAUACGGAUUCGGCCAAUCAGUGAGACAGAGCUUGAUGAGGGUUCUACUAUCAUUGCACACAAAGUGGAUGAUCAGAUGGUGGUUCUAAUGGACCCAACAGAAGACCCAGAUGAUAUCCUGAGGGCAAAGCGAUCCAGAGAAAAGACCUAUAUGUUUGAUGUGGCAUUUGAUCAUACAGCUACCCAGGAGGAUGUGUACUUUGCCACAACCAAGAAUCUAAUAGAAGCAGUUAUUUCUGGCUACAAUGCAACAGUGUUUGCUUAUGGACCUACAGGUGCUGGGAAGACAUACACCAUGCUGGGUACAGACCAUCAGCCUGGAAUCUACUUUCGAACCCUAAAUGAUCUCUUCAAAGCCAUUGAAGCAACCAGCAGUGACAUGAACUACACUGUUUCCAUAUCCUAUGUAGAGAUUUAUAAUGAAAUGAUACGAGAUCUUCUGAAUACAGCUUCAGGAUAUCUGGAUCUUAGAGAGGACUCCAAAGGUGGCAUACAGAUUGCAGGAAUUACAGAGGUCUCAACUAAUAAUGCUGAAGAGAUUAUGCAGCUUUUGAUGAAGGGGAACAGACGACGCACACAGGAACCAACAGCAGCCAACAAGACCUCUUCCCGCUCUCAUGCAAUAUUGCAGGUCACCGUGAGACAAGCUAACAGGGUAAAGGGCGUCAGUGAAGAAGUGCGCAUUGGACGACUCUUUAUGAUUGACCUAGCAGGCUCUGAGAGAGCAUCUCAGACACACAACAGGGGAAAAAGAAUGAAGGAAGGUGCUCACAUCAAUAGGUCUCUGCUGGCUUUGGGGAACUGUAUUAAUGCUCUGAGUGAGAAAGGAGGUGGUCGUGCCCAGUACGUUAACUACCGAGACAGCAAACUCACACGACUCCUCAAGGACUCCUUGGGAGGAAACACCAGGACAGUUAUGAUCACACACAUUAGUCCAGCAAGCACAUCUUUUGAUGAGUCAAGGAGUACCCUGAUCUAUGCCAAUCGAGCCAAGAAUAUAAAGACAAGGGUAAAACGGAACUUGCUCAAUGUUUCUUACCACAUUGCACAGUACACCAGCAUAAUUGCUGAGUUGCGGCAGGAAAUUGAAAGGCUGAAGGGGAAGAUUGAAAAUCAAGGGCCUGAACGGAUCAAGAAGGACAGAGCCAACAUCCGGGAUGUUCAAGGUGAAGUUCAACAGCAUUCAGCUGAGUACAGUCGACAAGAAAUGGGAAGGCUAAAAGAACAGCUGAUUAGUGCGUUUAAGGAGCAGAUGGAGAUUAGACGGAGUUUGAUGGAGCUGGGAAACACUAACAUGGAACUACACAUUGAUACCUCAAGGCAUCUUUUGACAAUUGCAGACUGGGAGAGGGAGAAAGCACAGCGAGCUCACAAGUGGCGGGAGGAGAUGUACAGUGAGAAGAGGGGAAGGAAAGAUAACAUGACAGAUGAAGAAAAUAGCUUUGAAGAGUUUGACACAACAGAGCCACAGGAAGUGAAGAUUGCCAAAGAAGAGAUUUCCAUGCUGCUUGCAGAGCAACAGAAAACAGCAUCACUAAAGUUUGAUUUGGAACAGAAGUUGUCCAGUACUAAGAUGAAGGCUUCCAAACUGGAGGAGUUCUUACCCAAACGUAUCAACAAUGAGGAUCAGAGAGAGCUGCUUCGACUGCUGUGCAAAGUGCAUGAACUGGAGGUUGAGACCACAGAACUACAGUCAGCCAGUCUGCGUCAGGAGAACAUCUUAAGGCAGAAGGAUUUUGUUCUCCAGCACUAUGAACAACACCGGAUGCUCUGCACUGACAUCAUUGAGCAGCAGAAAAACCUGAUAGAUGACCAUAAUAUUCCUGUUCCUGAAGAACUGGCGAAACUGUACAGCUUGUACUUUCAAGAGCUUGAAGAAGGCAGUCUGGAGAGGAUGAUGAUGCUGCACGGACUCACUCACAGCACGCUGAGGUUACUUCUACAAGUUUAUUCUAAGAACCUUACUGCAGGAUUUCAUUAUAUGAAUGGGAAAUGA